GACCGGAUGAACGAGGAAAAUAAGAGCAACUGCGUGAUCAUAAUGACACCUUUACUUUGAAAUCCGGAAGGAUACUCUCAUGAUACCUGCAGUUAUCGGGAAUAAUUACUGCAAAAGUAUCGUAUGUUUCAUGGGUCUGAUUGUGAGACUGCAGUCUCUGCAAUCUUAAUGUUAAUGUUCUGAAAGAAGUUCCUGAAAAAAAGGUGCGACGGAUCUGACAAAGAAAACGCAAACCACGGCUAUCUUGACUGCAGUGGUUGAGGGGACGUGAUUGAUGAGCAGGACUGGCUGUUGACAGUGAGGCGUGUUCUCGUCCGGCCCCAGGGGCGGUGAGUUCAUCUACAUACGCCCCCCACCAUCGGCAGUACAUUCAGUCCGUCUGCAGAAGCAUUACGGGUCCACUCCUUCUGUAACAAUGGCCCAGUCUAUCCUCGACUCCAUGCCCGGAGCCUCCACUGGAACACUGGUGGUCACAGAUGAUCUGAAUUACUGGGGAGGGAAGCGAGUCAGAUCUCGGCAGCAGAAAGGCGCAGAGCCCGUGUUCGAACCUGCGACUGGCCGUGUCUUGUGUCAGAUGGUACCCUGUGGCUCUGAGGACGUGGAUGAGGCCAUAAAGAGUGCCCACAGUGCCUACCGUAAAUGGAGCAAGAUGGCAGGCAUGGAGAGGGCUCGGGUGAUGCUCGAGGCCGCUCGCAUUAUCAGGGAAAGAAGGGAGAAGAUUGCAAAGCUGGAAGUGAUCAACAAUGGCAAGUCCAUCACAGAAGCACUGGUGGAUAUUGAUGUUGCCUGGCAGUGCAUUGAGUACUACGCUGGUCUGGCUGGUACACUUGCAGGCCAGCACGUCCAGCUUCCUGGUGGAGCGUUUGCCUACACCAGGAGGGAGGCCCUUGGUGUGUGUGCGGGAAUUGGUGCAUUCAAUUACCCCUUCCAGAUCGCUGUGGUGAAGUCUGCUCCCGCUCUGGCAUGUGGUAAUGCCAUGGUGUUUAAACCCUCUCCAAUGACCCCUGUGACGGCUGUCAUUCUGGCUGAGAUCUACAAAGAGGCGGGGGUCCCCGAUGGGCUCUUCUGUGUGGUGCAAGGCGGAGCAGAGACUGGCACCUUGCUCUGCCAACACCCGAUGGUCGCCAAAGUCUCCUUCACUGGCAGCGUGCCAACAGGCAAAAAGGUCAUGGAAAUGUCUGCUAAGGGGGUGAAGCAGGUGACCCUGGAGCUUGGAGGGAAAUCUCCUCUCCUCAUCUUCAAAGACUGUGAGCUGGAGAACGCAGUGAGGGGCGCACUCAUGGCCAACUUCCUGACACAGGGACAGGUUUGCUGCAAUGGGACCAGAGUGUUUGUGCAAAGAGAGAUUCUGCCUAAGUUCCUGGAAGAGGUGGUGAAGAGGACCAAGGCCAUCGCUGUGGGCGACCCUCUGCUGGACGGCACCCGAAUGGGGGCGCUUAUCAGCAAACCACAGCUGGAGAAGGCAUUGAGAUAUGUCAACCAGGCCAAGACAGAGGGAGCCAAUGUGCUCUGUGGGGGAGAGCCUUUUGUCCCCAGUGACCCCAAAUUGAAAGGGGGGUACUACAUGUCACCAUGUGUCCUUGAUAAGUGCAGAGAUGACAUGACCUGCGUGAAGGAGGAGAUUUUCGGCCCCGUCAUGUCUGUGCUGCCUUUCGACACAGAGGAAGAAGUGAUCCAGAGGGCCAAUAACACCACCUAUGGAUUGGCCUCUGGAGUCUUUACCAGGGACAUUUCUCGAGCCCAUCGUGUGGCUGAAAACCUGGAGGCAGGGACCUGCUUCAUCAACAACUACAACAUCAGCCCUGUGGAGGUGCCGUUUGGAGGAUACAAGAAUUCAGGCUUUGGCAGAGAGAACGGCCAGGUGACAAUCGAGUACUACUCCCAGCUGAAGACUGUGGUUGUUGAAAUGGGCGACGUCGAUAACUACUUCUGAACUCCUCUCACAAAGUUUACACCACUUGCAGAACUGUGACUAAAACACUUCACUUCUCCCUUUAGUCAGAGAUUAUGCACCAGGCAUGAGUAGAUGCAGCACUCUGUUCUGCUCUGUCUGCAUCAUACCUGGGUACUUAGAAAGACACACCUGCUUCUUCUGUUCUCUCCUUUCUUUGCCCAAGUGAGCCUACUUUAGUACAAAGCAAUUCAUUGAAUACAAUGAAUAUGUGUGUUUGUGUGCAAAACCAGGAGCCUUAUUAAGAAACACUGUAGUGGACUGUGAAUCAUCAUUAGAAGAAAAUAACCAUGAUUGCCAUCAGAUUUUUAUACUACAUGCCCAACUAGAAGACACUAUUGGACAACUAACUCCUUUUUAUUGAAAUAAAGUCUUUUCGAUACAAAG